UUUUCAAGAAGUGAAAAUGCAGUUUCAAUAGGACAUCACUAACAACUCCCUCCUCCUCCAAAUUCCAUCCCCAGUCCCUACAGGAGGAGAGCAGAAAGUGACAAAUAAACAGUAGGACGACUGUGUUGAAGGAAAUUUACCUCCCAGAACCAUUGGCAUUCGGCCAACUCUGAGACAUUCAUCUAUUUUCUCCUUAGCAUGACUCAAGGGUAAGCAUGGAGGUGGGAGGAAGAAACAGUGAGAAAUAGCAAGUCGACCAAAGACAGAGAGAGCAAGAGCGAGACAAGAGAAAGAGACAGACAGCGUCAGAGCGAGAGACGGAGAGAACCUGAGAGAGCAAAAGACCGACAGAAAGCGUGAGACAGAGAGAGGAUAUCUGAACGUUUUCAACCUGUGAUAACGUAGAAACUGGUAUGUUCUAGGGAGUAAACAAACCAAAAGACACCGGCGCCUGGACUACAAGUCAGAGAACCAACUCUUCACCUAACAUCCCCUUUACUGUGGUGGUACAACCUGUGCUUGGAUUACUGCCUGGAACAAGCUCGAGGCGACCUGUUCAGUUUUGGAGCGGCGGGGCUUUGUCGAUUGUGACGUGGCCCUUUUGGAUUGUACGCGGAGUCUGAGGAUGAGCUACCGCCCUGUGUGCUGGCUCUGAGCUGCCCUCCGCUGCCCUCCCCCGUGCCUGUGGGACCCUGUGAUCAUGCUGGCCAAGCCCCCUGAGCCAGCCAGAGCAGAACCAAGACCCGUGCCCAGGUCAGCCAUUCCUUCCACAGCAGGAUGUCCCAGCCAGAUGCGGUCCCGCUGGGGACCAACGGCUCGGGGGCCGGGGAGGUGGCCGGGGCUCAGCUGCACUGGGCUGCUCUGCUCAUUAUCAUGGUUAUCAUCCCCACCAUCGGGGGCAACAUCCUGGUCAUCUUGGCCGUGUCGCUGGAGAGGAAGCUGCAGAACGCCACCAACUACUUCCUGAUGUCCCUGGCAGUGGCCGACCUGCUGGUGGGACUCCUGGUAAUGCCCAUUGCCCUCAUCACUGUGCUAUACAAUUCCGGGUGGCCUCUUCCGGAGUUCCUCUGCCCAAUCUGGCUCUUCCUGGACGUCCUGUUCUCCACCGCAUCCAUCAUGCACCUGUGUGCCAUCUCACUGGACCGCUACAUAGCCAUCAAGAAACCCAUUCAGCACAGCCAGUAUAAGUCCAGGUCCAAAGCCAUGGCCAAGAUAGCAGUGGUGUGGCUCAUAUCCAUUGGUAUCGCAAUCCCCAUUCCCAUCAAGGGGCUGAGAAACUACCAUCUUCCAAACAAUGUCACCUUCAACAGCAACCACACCUGCCUACUGAAACCAGACAGCUUCCGAGAGUUCAUCAUGUAUGGCUCCAUGACAGCUUUUUUCAUCCCUUUAACCAUCAUGAUGGUCAUCUACCUGCUCACCAUUCAGGUGUUGCGCAAGAAAGCUUUUCUGCUCAGGUCAAAGGUCACCCAGCGCUUCACUCGCCCAACAGUCUCCACAGUCUUCCAGAGGGAGCAGUCCAUGGCCUCUCCCACAACUGAGAAACUGCCAGGAAAUCCCACCGCUCCUACCAACCCCAUGACAAAUGAAGAUAUCCCCAUCCGUCGCAUGUCCACCAUGGGCAAGAAGUCCAUGCAAAACCUGACCAAUGAGCAGCGUGCCUCUAAGGUGCUGGGCAUCGUCUUCCUGCUAUUUGUGGUCAUGUGGUGCCCAUUCUUUAUCACUAACAUCACCUCUGUGCUUUGUGCGAGCUGCAACGUCAAUGUGAUCGGCCGUCUGAUGGAGAUCUUUGUGUGGGUGGGCUACGUGUCAUCUGGUAUCAACCCGCUGGUCUACACCCUCUUCAACAAGACUUUCCGCCAGGCCUUCACACGCUACAUCACCUUUAACUACAGCAGCAUCAGUAAUGGGCCAGCCAGCCAUACAAGGGAACAGCAUGGCUGCAGGAAUCUAACAAGGAUCUCCUUCCGUUCAUCUGUGGCGGAGAACUCUAAGCUGUUCAUGAAGCGGGGAAUGAAAAACGGCAUCGGGCCAGUGUGCUAUCAGAGUCAACUGAGUCGAAGGCAAGCACCAAUACAGUCCUCUGGCAGCGUUCUACUGGACACUCUGCUCCUUACCGAGAAUGAGGAUUGCAAAUCCGAAGAGCAUGUCAGUUACUUAUAGGCCUUUCGGAAAAUGCAGUCAGCAAAAGGGAAACAAUUAGAACCAGAAAGUCAGAUGUAAGAGGCACCCAAGGCUUGAGUUGAGCUCCCUAGGGGAUUACCUUCCAUGAGCAUCACAUGGAUUAUUUUCUAGUCAAGAAAACUGUGUACUCUCAGGGGUGAAACAAAAAGAUGUAGAUUUCUGUCAAACAAAUAAGAGGCCCUCUGUACACAGAUAGCUGAACAUUAUGCGUAAAAUGACACAACAGGUGUGUUGAGGUGGUUGCCCUCAAUAAAAGAUAAGCUGACAAGGGUCAGGUCGGACUGUUCUUAAGAAAGCCGCCAGAGAGAUAAAUGCAUAAGAAAUGAAGACAUAUGACUGUCUGGAAACUCUCAGUGGAUACAAUGUAUAUUCCAAUGCUAAUCCUGUCACCUUGGGCUAUUUAGUUCUCUGCUAUGGACAAUUUCCAUUGAGGAGAUGGUAUUUUUACCUAUUGAGAGGACAAACACUUCACCUUCACACAAAAUAGUUUAUAAAUACCACCCAUUUUAAUUGCAAUUUUUUGGUAAGUGCUUUUAUGAAUAUUAACAGAUUUAUUGUAUAGUCACAGGUCCUAUUUUCCCAAACUGUUAUAGCAUCCAAAUUGAUUAUUAUAUAUAAAAUGCAACAAAGACAAAACCUUUGCAAAUGAGAAGCUUGUAAAAUACAAAUGUAUAGCCUACAGAUGGAUAUGUAUUUAGCAUAAAAUUCCUGGUUCAUAAAUUGAUAAAACAGUGCUUUGCUAAAAGAAAAGCCAAAAGUAUGUCUUUUUUUUUUUUUACAGUUCUUAAAGGGGCAAUCAGCCGUUGAAACAUUAAAAAUGUUAUCCCACCCCUGUUCCAGUAAAAAGCUGAGGGAUGGGUCUGGAGAAAUGUAACCACUCAAAUUCAUAGGCAGAGCUAUGGAUGCAAGGACUGACCAUCUAUGAUAUUCAAACUACUUUUUUAGCCACGUUUUGAAGCUAUAAACAGGGUCUGACAUUGACUAUGCCCGACGGAUCUCGUCAGUCACUGGCCCAGUAACUUGAAGACUACACGCGAUAAAGUCAAGCCAUUUGUAUUUGAGCAAUAUGAUUGACCGUUCAUUGAAGCUCCACAUGUUCCCGCAGGUCACAACUACAGCACAUUAAAUGUAAAAAAAUAUAUAUUAAUCGAUGGCCUUUACACAGCACACACGAGCUGUCCUGAGCAAAAUAAAUGGUCAUUAAGCCAUUCGCUGAGCUCCUUUACUUUAGGGAAAGGGAUUUACAACCUUCAAUAGUGAACAUACAGUACUAGCAAUAUGCUGGCUACUGUUGAUAGUCUGCUAAAAUAAAGCUACAAAAAGACACAUAGCAUGUGUCUUGGCUAGCCUACAGUAGCGAGUUGAUAUAUUUUGGAAUGUUUGUCUUAAAAGGGGCAGUGUCCUAUUUUGGGAUGUAAAAAAUUCUCAAAAUGACAUACUUUAGAAUAAAAUGAAUGCAUUUAAUACAAUUCUAAAGAAUAUAGUAAGGACUUGCAUUGCAACAUUAUAUUACACAGCUUUUUAAUAACUAGAUGUAGCUUAUUAAUAGCUGAAUAUAGAGAGAAGCAUGGCAAUCUACAGGCCCCAAUGCAUUUAAAAACAAUUUUUAUUGCCAGUAAGAACUUCCGGAGUACAGGCCCCCAGAAAUCGUCCGAUCGCCCUCAAGUGGUAAAAUAAAAUAAAAAUUAUGUAUAAUUUGUAUGGAGGUAUACUUAGACAAAAAAAAUGACACUAAAUGAUAAUUAAGAAAUUGUUUAAAAUCUUGGAGGUGAAUGUUGGAAUUAAACAAUUAACUAUGCAAAUGAGCAAAAGGUGUGUGCAUUAAGGAAACAGACGCCAGGCUCAAAUAGAAACCUGUCUCUAAUAAGCGCCCGUUUUGUUCAGUGAUUUAAACAAAUAAAACGCCACGGCUGUUAAAUUGACAUUUUAACAGUGGAAUAGUUUUAGAAUACUCCAGGCCACAAGAUGGCAGUAGCUUGUUUAGCAUGUGCCUGCUGUAGCUAAUGUACGCUAACUAGCAAGCUGUGCUAAUUUUCUUUCUAGCUAGCUAGAAUUUUUAGAAAGCCCUUGAUACUACAUUGACAUUUUUGUCAUUAAUCAGAGUAUGUUCCCACAGAGGCCCAUUCCCACAGAGGCACAGGGCACAUUGUGAGGUGGUAUUUGAAGGACAAACAGAGUUGAAUAAUUUGGUACACUGUUUAUAUUGAACACAUCCAAGUGAAAUAUAUACUUUGUCAUGACGAUAUAAAAUGGAUGGAUGUGUUCUAGACAAGUAUGCCCAUACCAUCCAUUGGCCUUUUGGCAAUCUGGAGUGCAGGUAAUUGUUUUCAAAGGGCUAUGAAAUGUGAGUGUGUUAUCCCCCAUCUUCAGUGAUGAGAACCAUGUAGCUAUGACACGUUCCUACACAAUUUCCUAAUUUCACAGACGGACCACUUUAAAUCAUGGGGAGUUCUUUUUUUACCCAUUGAUAAAACACAGGCUUUCAGGAAAUUGACAGAAGUUUCGUGAUUUUUAUUUCUGGGGGUAGAUUACGCUUUAAAAUAGCUAGAUGAGACUAGAGCGAUUGCGGUGACAGUAUUACCACCACACCGGCAGUCAUGAGUCUUGACCGCAGCAAAAUGUCAGCCAAUUUCGGUAAACUCAGUGCCGUUUUUAGAUACAGAAUAGGGAUUGUCAAGAAUGCACAGAAAUUCCAAAAUAUGUGUAAAGACUUUAGUUCAGAUUAUUUUUUUGCAGUAUGUGAACUAUAGACUAAAAUAGCUUCAUCAGUUGUUAAUUUAAUUGGGGUUUGAAUAGUGUGAAAAGACAACAUAUUUGGUAAGAAUCACAACACAAGAUAUGCCUACAAAAUAAAUUAUAGCUCUUAUAAGGGGCAAUAGCCUACAUUAGGACGCACAGGGCGCUGGAAUUAUAAUGCUGUAAUUAUAAAUUACAGCAUUAUUUAAUCUACAGUUAUUCUUCUGCUAUUUAUUAUGUUAUUAGUAUUUUCAGAUUGCAUUUAGUUAAAAGAUGCGACAAUAAUUGUAAUCUAUUAGCUUCCAAAACGUAAGUAGGUAUAUAUCUAUACUGAACAAAAAUAUAAAACGCAACAUGUAAAGUGUUGGUUUCAU